AUGAGUCCAAUGUGCCCUUCGAUUAUUACCGUCGUCCGUGCCUUCCUCUUUUCUCUGUUGGGCAUAUGCGUUUGUGAGGCAGGUGCGAGCGGUGUUCACCAAGCCUCAGCUCCUUUUACCUGUCGAACCUCGAGCAAACGGCAUUGUCUCGCAUUUCCCAGCAUUGGCACUAUAUCCCCCUUUUCGACUUCUUCAUCGAGCAGCAGGAUGGGUCGUCUUAGUGGCAUCUUCUCCAGGUCGUCGGGAAAAGAUAGCAACGUGUCGUCCGACAUUGGCAGAGCUUGGACGCUAUUGAGCCGGUCGCAAUCGAUGACGGCUCAAUAUCCCCGGCGGAACGCGGCUGUACUGAGGGAGAUUCCGUCGAAUGAGCUGAACCCGUCCAAACCGAGUCGCAACCCGAACCAGCAGCAUCUUACGGUUUGCGAAUCGCCGGAGGAAUGUGAACAGCGUUCUGCUCUACCUCUGUUGCCGCAGUCGAAUCCACAUGCGCAUCCGAUAUCUUCUGGUAGCGAGGUCUUGGUUUCUCUGGAUUCUACGCCUACCUCGGGAUACACCUCACGACGGCUCGGGGGAAUCAAAACGCUCUUUCGUCCGCGCAGAUACCGGCUACGCAGGAUCGAGAUUGAUCUCCCAAAAGAGGAGGAGUCGGACGAUGCUUGUGAGUUUGAGCGACCCCUUGGGCCGGCGCCGACUCCCGAGAACGGCGAUGAUUCGUUCGUGGAAGGAAACAAAGCACCGACUAGCCCAUCCAAAUCUCAAUUGGUGAGCGACAUCAAUGCUCGAAAGGUUAGCGAUACGACGGACAAGUCCGUGAACUCGAAUAAUACCAGUAUCACUGUCCAUCGGCGCCCAUCAAAGCGCAUGUCGAUGCCGAUUACUGUCGUGGAUCGAGAAGGCAAUCACCCAAAUCCCUUUGGCGAUAUUUUGGAAGGCUCACACUCGGAGAGAACCGGUAGUAAUCCGUUCACGGAGCACUCGCGCAUGACCGAGACAACUAGACAGUCGAGCUCAACAUUUGGUAGCUCUGAGAACCCCUUUUCCUCAUACCCAGGUCAUAUCUUCGAGCUGAGUAGCAGCUCGUCCCAUUCGAGCUGGUGUUAUCCAGCAAUAUCGGGACUCAACAGCUGGCCCACACCAGCCGAUAGGCGACUGGCUACCGAUUCCUUCAAUAAGCUGGUUAGCGAGCUGUAUUUGGACCCUCUGGCCAUUCAUAGCGAUAAUUCCGUUCAAAAUCUGGCGGAAGGGAACGGAUACUGGAAACAUCAAAGUCCAUCCAGAAGCCCUAACAGAGUCGCAGAGGAAAGGGCGUUGGCUGCGGCCGAGAAGCUCCAGCGGCGACGGGAUAGGCUCAUUGGUCGUAUUCGGACGAUGCGAUCAACAAUACAGAUCAGAUCCGAGCCAACCCUAACCCGGGCUCGAAGUCUAAGGCGGAUGAAGACAUUUAGUGCGCUGCCAUAUCAGCCUUGCCUUAUGGCAUCACUACGGGGCAAGCCGCUAGAAACCCUAGCCAGGUUAGGCGGAUAUGGCCUCUUGACGCUUCCGGGCGAUUUUGCACCGACAACCUUGAGCUUGCCGGUGUGCUUUGUGGCCGUUAUAACUUAUCUUAGAUGCUUUGCUCCUCCAGUGCCUCAUCUCUUCGUCGAUCCAGGUGAUGUCGAAACCGCGACGCAAACAUACGAUUACUUUGCCAACCAGGUGCUUUCUGCUGAGAAGGAGAAGAGCAAGAUCCACAUGACGAUGAGAAGCAGCAAGAUGCCAAGCUUUCUUGAAGAAGGAUUUCAGCCGGGCAUGGAAGCACGAAGCCCGAUGCAGGUUCUCAGUGUCGCAUUCACUUUCAAGCAUUUACUAGCAGGUCUUCCUGGGGGUCUAUUAGGCUCCAUACAGCUUUAUCGAGCCCUUGUGAACAUCUGCUAUGGAAGGGUCUCGCAAGGACCCGCACAGCGAACGGGCAGCUGCCUCGCGGGACUUUCUCCUGAAGACUACGCCAAGGCUCGAGCCAUCAGUCUCGCCAUCCUUGCUCUCACGAGCUCAAUGCAACUGAAUCUGAUCUGCGGUGUCUUUGGGCUUUGCACAUUAUUACUUCAUGAAGCAGAACGGAUAUCGGAACUCGACCGCCGCCAGGGUCGGCGUUCAAGCCGCCGUGUUAGCGGCUGUAUUGCAGAGAGGCUAAGCAAGGACCGACUGGCAGCAACACUGGGACCACUCCUGACCGAGACGAGCCGAUUGGGCGGUCCAGACACGUUUCAUGCUAUUCAAGAAGAGAUUGAGAGUCAGCGGGUAGUGGGUUUGCUUAUUGGAAACUGGCGCAGCAUUAGCCGACAGCUGCGGAUUUGGGAGCGGCGUGGGUUGGAUGGACGCGUACAUGUGUCGCCGGCGCGGGCAGCAAGCAGCGAGAAUGCUGAAGAAAAGGGGACAUAA